AAAACCAUUAUACGAGGUUAUGCAUGAUGUACUUUCUUUUGCUUCUUUACUCCUUGCCAAUCCAGUGGAUAGUUCUACUUCUAACUUCCCAGAUAAUGUUUAUGGUAUCCAAGUAACUUCACCAGGAAGUGGUGAACGCUACGAUUUUGGUCGUGUUCAUAUCUUUGCUAGCAAUGUUUCAGUAAAUCCUGGGCAAGAAAAUAUCUUAGAAUACACUCUCCCUGAAAGAGACCCUUCUAAAAAUAUAACUGAUGACGCAAGAUUCGCGAUAGGAAUCUAUAAAUCUGAUAAUUUUGCGGCCGGAUCAGCAACUUUCAUAAUUGGCUCACCAAAAUUCGGACUUACAAUAUUAACUCCUUCACAAGGUUCAAUUAUUCAAAGUGGAAAACCGUUUACUGUUAAAUGGACUGAUAAUUUUAAUAAAUAUUCAGGAAGAAAGAUUGUUGUUCAUUUGUUUUACUUUUUGGGAGACUCGGGUAUAAUUACGGAAGUCCCAGUGGAUUUAUAUACAGGAAUUCCUGUGGAAGAUGGAACUUAUGAUAUAAUAAUUCCUUCCAGUUAUCCUCCAUAUAGAGAUUAUGGAUUUGUACUUGGGAUUAUUGAUGUUUUGAGAAAUAAUGUUACAGAGCAUUACAUAAUCACCCUUACUCUUGUAGAUUAA